GAAACAUUUCAAUGAAAUGAAGAAAGUAAUUAUUUUGUAAUCAUAUCUCUCAUUAUCACUUUUGAACGAGAGAUUUCUUAAUUACUCCGAACCCAAAAGGAAAACACCGCCACAGAACUGUUGCCGCAAAGCCGCGCGAACAAAUCUCUAUGUAAUAAAAGCAUUUUAAAGUCUAAUUUGAAGUGUAUACAUAUGUUGACUCGAGCAAAGCACAACAUUAAAUUCUGUUUUGCUUAGAGUCUUCGUUGCGUUUUUUUUCAAUUCAAGCAAAUAAAUUAUCGGGGAAAAUAGCUAGCGGUUAAUUAAUCAUCAUGUUUAUGUGUGUGUUACUUGCCACGAUCUUCACAGCUUAUAUAUAUAUAUGAUUCAAGAAUCAUUUUGAGCUUAGAAAGUGCAUGCAUAACAUUAAUUAAUUGUUGAAUAUGGAAGUGAUGUACUACGUGGCUCUUGUGUGCUUGUUUGUGCUCUUGGUCUCCCUCUCCCUAUCCUCUCUGUUCUUUAAUAAGAAACACUCGUCGUCCGACGGCGGCCCUCUGCCGCCGGGAAGGAACGGGUGGCCGUUCAUCGGUGAGACCCUGGAGUUUCUGUCAACGGGGUGGAAGGGCCACCCCGAGAAGUUCAUUUUCGACAGAAUGGAGAAGUAUUCAACCACGGCCUUCCGAACACACCUUCUUGGCCAGAAGGUCGCCGUCUUGUGCGGAGCCAACGGCAACAAGUUCUUGUUCUCCAACGAGAACAAGCUCGUUCAGGCAUGGUGGCCGGAAUCGCUAAACAAGAUUUUCCCGUCCUCCGUCCAGACCUCUGCUUCUAAUGAGGAAGCAAUAAAAACGAGAAAGUUGCUGCCGAGUUUCUUCAAACCGGAAGCGCUGCAACGGUACAUCGGAAUCAUGGACGACAUCGCCCGCCGCCACUUCGCCGACGGCUGGGAAAACCAAGAUCAAGUCCUUGUCUUCCCUCUGGCGAAACGCUUCACCUUCUGGCUAGCCUGCCGGAUCUUCAUGAGCGUGGAGGACCCGUCCCACGUCGCCCUGUUCGCCGAGCCGUUCAACGUCAUCGCGUCCGGCUUCAUCUCCGUCCCCGUUGACCUCCCCGGGACUCCGUUCCGGAAGGCGAUACAGGCGUCGGAGUUCAUAAGAAAGGAGCUGCUGGCCGUCGUAAAACAGAGGAAACGAGACUUGGCGGAGGGGACGGCGACGGCGAACCAAGACAUUCUGUCGCACAUGCUGCUAACCAGCAACGAGGACGGGAAGUUCAUGUCGGAGUUGGACAUUGCAAACAAGAUUUUGGCUCUUCUCAUCGCCGGCCAUGACACUACUGCCUCUGCAUGCGCCUUCGUCGUCAAAUCUUUGGCUGAGCAUCCUCACGUAUACCAAGCUGUCUAUGAAGAGCAAAUGGAGAUCGUGAAGUCGAAGGGAGAAGGAGAGUUAUUGAAUUGGGGUGAUAUUCAAAAGAUGAAAUACUCGUGGAAUGUAGCUUGUGAAGUUUUGCGGCUUGCUCCGCCCAUUCAGGGUACUUUUCGAGAGGCCUUAACCGAUUUCACCUUCAAUGGCUUCCACAUUCCUAAAGGAUGGAAGUUAUAUUGGAGCAUGAGCUCGACACAUAGAAAUCCAGAAGUAUUCAAGGAACCGGAAAAAUUUGAACCGUCAAGGUUCGAUGGGAUUGGGCCGGCUCCAUACACGUAUGUGCCUUUUGGGGGUGGUCCGAGGAUGUGUCCUGGUAGAGAGUUUGGGCGGGUAGUGAUAUUGGUGUUCAUGCAUCACCUCGUGAGACGGUUCAAGUGGGAGAAAAUGCUUCUGGAUGAGAAGAUCGUGUUCGACCCAACUCCUGCUCCUGUUAUGGGCCUCCCUAUUCGCCUCUAUCCUCACAACCCCUAAUUUUUUCAUUAUUCAUAUACGAAUUAAAGUAAUAUAUUUCAACUUCUUUUUAGUCACCCAAAAUAUAUAAACUUAAUUCCAAGAUAGUUAAUUAUAUAUGAAUCAUGUUCGACUAUUAUUACUAAUAUUGUUGCAUU